UUCACUUGGAUCACUUAAGUGGAGCAGCUAUUGAAGAGACAGGCAGCCAUUCAAUACCCAAGUAUAAAUUAUAUUGAAAGUUCAACAUUUCUAUUUGAUUUAAGAGCUUGGAACUUCGAUCAGACACCAUGUCGACAGUCAGUGCCCUGCCUUUCCUGAAAUCUAGCCUCCUAAUGCUCCGUUGCCUCAGCCCGGAGGACGCAAUCAGCGUGUUUGAGAUCGAGAGAGAGGCCUUCAUCUCUGUGUCUGGAGAGUGUCCGCUCCACUUGGAUGAGGUGUGUCACUUCCUGACGCUGUGCCCUGAGCUGUCUCUGGGCUGGUUUGAGGAGGGACGCCUCGUUGCCUUCAUCAUAGGAUCACUGUGGGACCAGGAGAAACUAGCCAUGGACGCUCUCACCCUCCACAAGCCCCAUGGCUCCACGGUCCACCUCCAUGUGCUUGCUGUCCACCGCACCUUCCGGCAGCAAGGCAAGGGCUCCAUCCUGAUGUGGCGCUACCUGCAGUACCUGCGCUGCCUGCCCUAUGUGCGCUGCGCCGUGCUCAUGUGCGAAGACUUCCUGGUCCCUUUCUACCAGAAGUCAGGCUUUAAAGUGCAGGGCCCAGUGGGGCCCCUGACCUUCAUUGAGAUUAUGUAUCUUGUCCAGGGCCACGCGUACAUGCACCACAACAGUGGUGUUUGAGGGGACACGAACCAAGAUGGAUGCCUCCUUCAAUGGGGGGGGUGUUUGACUAACCUUCCGUGGCUUGAAGACGGCUACAGUGGCAAGAAAAAGUAUGUGAACCCUUUGGAAUUACCUGGACUUCUGCAUAAAUUGUUCAUCAAA